AUGUUUCCAUCAGUCUGCAGCUCAAAGCCAGAAGUUGUUACUGUUGAUGUGAGCCAAGCCAAGACUCUCCUCCAAUCUGACUAUCAAUAUCUUGAUGUUAGGACUGAGGAAGAGUUUCGGAGAGGCCAUUGUCUUACACCUAAGAUCCUCAACGUUCCCUACAUGCUCAACUCCCCUCAAGGAAGAGUGAAGAAUCAAGACUUCUUGGAUCAAGUGUCUUCUCUUCUCAACCCCACUGAUGAUAUACUUGUGGGUUGUCAGAGUGGGGCCAGAUCCUUAAAUGCAACAGCUGAACUUCUUGCUGCUGGUUUCAAGAAAGUGAGAAACGUAGGAGGUGGCUAUCUGGCUUGGGUGGAUCACAACUUUCCCAUCAUCAAGGACAAGGAGCAGCAGCAAUCUACAAACUAA